GCCUUCGGCCAUGAAGAAGACGCAUACGUCCCAGAUAGAGGUGAUCCCUUGCAAGAUCUGCGGUGACAAAUCCUCAGGGAUCCACUAUGGAGUCAUCACCUGUGAAGGCUGUAAGGGUUUCUUCCGGCGUAGCCAGCAAGGAAACGUGACCUACUCCUGCACCCGCCAGCAGAACUGCCAGAUCGACCGCACCAGCCGCAACCGUUGCCAGCACUGCCGCCUGCAGAAAUGCCUCAGCCUGGGCAUGUCCCGAGAUGCCGUCAAAUUCGGCCGCAUGUCCAAGAAGCAGCGGGACAGCCUCCACGCUGAGGUGCAGAAGCAGCUUCAGCAGCAGGCCCAGGGGAGCGAGGCAGGGGCUUCGGCCUACUCCUUGGGAGUCGCUAACGGGCAGCUGAAGCUGGCGCCCUCCCCUGAUCUGCUGGAGGCUUCGGCCUGCUCCACCGGCUUGCUGAACGGCCAGGCCCGCCUCAGCCAGCCCCCGGAGGAGACGAUGGCGCUGACCUACGCCAAUGGGCUGACCAAGAGCCAGAGCCUCCUGAGUGAGGACCUGAGAGCUCCCUUCGCCAAGGAGUUCGGCCCCGAUCGCCUCAAGAUAGAAGGCCGGGAGAGCAUCUACUACACCCUGGGGAUGCAGGCGUCACCAGAGCUUUCACGGACAGAGGUCAAUGGGGUGAAGCGGCCGGCGGGGAGCACAGUUGGGAAUGAGAACCUUGACUUCUACACGGCCCCCAGCUUCACAAGCCUCUUGGAGUCCCCCAAUUCUUCCUUGACCGAGAUUGAGCAUCUUACCCAGAAUGUCCUCAAGUCCUACCGAGAGACCUGCCAGUUGCGUUUGGAGGACCUCCAGCUACGGCGCUGGGAAGUGUUCACGCGGGAAGAAGUCAUCAGCUACCAGAAAAAGUCCGUAGAAGAGAUGUGGGAACACUGCGCCUGCCGCGUCACCGAAGCGGUCCAGUACGUGGUGGAGUUCGCCAAGCGGAUGGGCGGCUUCAUGGACCUGUGCCAAAAUGAUCAAAUCGUGCUUCUCAAAGCGGGUGCCAUGGAAGUGGUUUUGGUGAGAAUGUGUCGUGCCUUCAAUUCCGAAAACCGGACCGUCUUCUUCGAAGGCAAAUUCGCGGGGCCGGAGCUCUUCAAAUCCCUUGGAUGCAAUGACUUGAUCAACUCCAUUUUUGACUUUGCAAACAGUCUCUGCUCUUUGCACUUCUCCGAGAACGAAAUUGCCCUUUUCACGGCACUGGUGCUUAUUAACUCAAAUCGUCCCUGGCUGCAGGAAAAGAGCAAGGUGGAGAGGCUGCAGAACAACCUGGAACUGGCCUUCAAACACAUGUUGCGGAAGAACCAUCGGGAAGGCAUCUUGGCCAAGCUGCCCUCGAAAGCCAAGCUCCGGAGCCUCUGCAACCAGCACAUGGAGAAGCUGCGCUCUUUCCGCCAGAUGUACCCCAUCAUCGUCCACGCCGUCUUCCCGCCACUCUACAAAGAGCUGUUCAGCUCGGACUGCGACCCUCCCCAGGGGACGAUGGGGGAGUAAUGCCCUCCUCCCCGGUCCCAAGAAGAGGCCAGCACCCGGAGGUCUCUCCCCGUCUCUCCGCCUCUCUCCGAUUUGCUGUGUUGCCCUCCGAGGCCGACGCUGGAGAACCCAGGACGGGGGUACGGGAGGGCAGGAGAACCCGAGACCAAAAUUCAGAGCCUGUUUCUAUGCAUUCCUGUCUGAAGAGCGUGAUCAGGAACAAACGGGCCGAGCGGGAUGCCCGGGGUGAGGUGAGGGGCUGGGGAGGGGCUUUGUCCUGGCUUCUGACAUCAGGUUCGGUACGUGAACCUCAGAGUCGCUUCGUGCCUGGUGGAAAAAAAAGAAGGGCGAGCUCCCAGCUGCCCCCCAACACAGGAACGGUGGGGUUGAGUUGUGUAAGCAAUAUUGACGAAGAUGCUCGGAGAGGCUGGGUGCUGUGUGAAGCACAAACUGUUAAUUAAAGGAGGGUCUUGUGGCCACAGGGUACUCCCGCGAGGAGGAAGUUUAGGGUUCUUUUAUUUUAUUUUUCUCUCUGCGACGUGGUCUCAUUGGACGGGCAGAGUCCGGUUAGCUGCAGUUAAUCCCACCGCCAAGACGGCUAACUCGGACGGCUCCCCCAAAUACCUCAUUUUUUCGCUGACUUAACGGCAUGAGACUCAACCAAGCUGUUCCGUAUGUAUUCUCCCGCCCCCCGAAACCAAGUUUUUAAGAAAUAAUAUAUUAUAUAUUAAAUAUAUAUAUAUAUCUA